AUGAGUGUGAAUAAGUUAGCAAACGUAAAGUCGGCGGCGGGGGCGAAGAAUGGAGAACUGGAUGUGGAUGUCGCUCCGGCAGUAAAAGGCUCGCAAAAGUUCAGGUUCGUAAUUGAACACAUAGAUUUCUGCCUUUUUUGCAAAAAGAAGAAAGAAAACAAUGAGGAUGCCACUGACGCGGGCGGAUAUAACCACUGCGGUGCGGAUGAUGGAAGGGAUGACAGCGAAGACGACGAUGGUGUUGAUGGGAAAGAAGACGUUCAAAUCGAUCCCACGGUGUUAAAGUUUAUAGGCAAAACAUACGACAUUUUGAAGAAGAAAAACUUCAACCCAAAGCAUUUAAAAAGGUUAGAAAAUGCCCAAUACUUUGAAAAGGUGUUAUGGUCGCAUUAUAACAUAUAUGAUAGGCUGUAUCUUUUACAAAACAACCAGGUUUUUUUUUGCUUGGAUGGUACCGAAGUAAGUACAUACAAGUUGUACGUAAAGCACAUACUAUCUCUGAUCGUUUUUAUUUGCUAUAAAUAUGAAGAGAAGGGGAAAUAUGAAAUUUGGGAUCAGAUAAUUUACAACAGAAUAGACGAAUUUGAAAAGCUGGUGGAAAUGGAAAAGAAGAAUUACACUCCAAAGGAAAACUACAAAAUUGAUGAGCGGUUUAAUAUGUAUAAGGAAUUCCUUGUACAAAAAUUUCACAGUUUAUUUUUUAAUACCCUCAAAUUGAUUAACUAUAACUUUGUUUUUAGUGAGUACAUGCAAAAUGGGAAGCUAAAGGGGAGCGACACAGAGACGGAAGAUAUUAUAAAGACAUGCAAGAGUGGUGUAUUUAAAUUAAACUUUUUGGAGAAAUCCUUUGUUAUACAAUUUUUUAUAAAUAUUUAUUCCAGUAUAGACAAAAAAUUUCUCUUCAAAUUGUGCCUUGACCUGUGCAACCCCUUCAUUUGGAGCUGUGUAAAUUACAGUUACUUAAACGCAUUUCUAUUUCAGAAGAGCAAAGAAGCGAAAGUAUUGUAUAAUAAUCUGCUAAAGGUUAUGGAAAAAAAAUAUUUAAAUGGGAGGAGUUACAAUGUGGUGGGUGUGUAUACGUGCAGUUGUGGUGUAGUCCACCAGGACGAUGUGAAGAAGGAAGAGUAUGACGAGGGCAUCAUAUUAUUUGUUAACAAGAAUGAAUUUUGUUACAACUUGAUAAAUUACUUUUUGAUCGUUUUGGAUAUGUUUGAGGAGGAGUCCGAGGAACUGGAUGAGGUAGCCAGUGAUUCUUCCAUCUGUUCGAUGAGCGACACAGACAGUGAAAAUGAGGAACUAGACGACUGCGAAAAGUAUUUGGAAAUGUUUAAUGAUGAGGACGGUAAUAUUGCCAAUGAGGGGAAGUCUCCCUUAAGUAGUGAGAGGCUUGGGGAUGCUUCUGUACUAGUGGGUGAAGGAGACGCGGAAGAGGUUGUCCCCUCGGAUGACAACACGAAGGACAAUAUGGAUACUGACGCGAGCGAUCAAGAAGUGAGUCUUACCAACGAUUCGGUUGUCGAUCAAGAAGAGGGUGUUACUAUAAAGGGGCAUUCAUCCAAACGCAUAAAGAGAAUUGCAGGUGGUGGUGAGGAAACUGGCACCAUAAAUGCUGCGCACGUUAGCAGAGGUCAGGACGCACUCCACGACGAGGUGGUACAGUUCCUGGAGUCGGUCGAAGCGUACUCAAAGUAUAUUUCCAGCGAGGACGAAGGGGAUAGGAGUUAUGUCAACCAAAGCGAAUAUAAAAAGGAAGAAAUACUACGCAUGUUUUGGAAGUAUGAGGGGAAGCUAAAGGGGACAAAUAAACAUAGGUACACACGUAAGGUUAGAAGACGCAGGCAGCAGCAAUCCUGGGAGGAGAAGAAAUUUGGCAUUUUGUUUGUUGAGAAGUGCGUGGAAUUUUUUAUCGAUCUUUUAAGUCAGCUUUACACCAGAAGGAUACUGUACAUUCUUAUAAAGUAUUUUAAUGUGUUAAUUUAUUGCAAAAUUUCUAGUCUUAAUAGGAAAAGGAAAUUUAAAGAACUGAUAAAGCUGUUAAAAUAUUACGUCGAAAUGUAUAUAAAUAAUUUUUCGGGAAAACCAUUAACAUACCUAGAAAUAAGCAACGAGCAUUACAAGAACUUUGAGUUCUUCCAAAGCUUUUGCUACAAUCAUUUUAAGGAGCACACGGUGCUAAAGAAUUACUACUUGAAGUCCGUUUUUUUGAUGAACAAGAAGAGGGAGCUGUUGGAGAAUUUUUCCAAGCUCGAGGAGUCGGAGUUGCUGUUGUUGUGUGAGAAGUUGAAGUACUUGGUGCAUGGCAGGGAGACAGCGGAGAAUUCUGAGGACAUAGGUGAGGAGGCUAAUGAUGAAGAGGGGGAGAGCACAUUGCGGGGAAGCAAAUGGAGCAGGGAGAGCGGGGGGCUGUUCGAAAAUGUGUCUUUGUUUAGGAAAAAGCAAAAACUGUUCUACAUAACAGUGCUAAUAGAAAAUUUGAGUUUUAAGAGCAACAUUUUUGAGGAGAUAGACAAGCAAUGUGAUUACCCGAACGAGAAGGAUCUAUUCGACAGUGUCCUGAUAGACACAAAGGACGACAUGAAAAAAAAAAGGAAAACCUUUCUCUACACCAAGCCAUUGUUCAAAUUGAAUUUGCAAUAUCUAUGCAUUAACGAUUAUGUAUUUAGAAUAUACAAUUUGUUUAAAUUGCAAAGUUAUUACGACAUCAGGAAAAACGUCCUGGAGUACGUGUACGAAACGAAUCCAAAAAAUAAGAAGGUGAACGAGAAUACUGUGUGUAGAUACGUGUUCGAAAUUGAUGAGAGGAGUGAGUCUAACAGGGACGAUAAUGAGAUGAAUAGCAAAGGAGAGAAGAAACGGGGGAAGAGAAAACAUGGGAAUGAGUUAUCAGGGGAGAACCAAAUAGAUACGCAGGAUGAAUUUUUAUCCCAUAAGAACAACAGCCACACUUUCAAUGAGUACCAGCUGAACUCCAUAGUGCAGGAUGUGAACAAUAUUGAAAACACAUAUUUUGCAAAUGAAAGGAGAAUGAGCAAUAAGAUAGACUCAUUCAAAAUUAUAAGUGUAGAUAACAACAAUAAGAAAGUAACGGCAGAAAUAGUGAUAGACCUGAAGUACAAGUAUUACGAAAGAGUCAAUAAUGAAUGGAACAUGAUUAGACCCUGCGAUAUUUUAUUUCUCGUUUGUGUAAAGAAUUACACAAAUCAUUAUAGGAAUAAAAUAAACGUCAUUAAUGAUGGAGAUUUGAAGAAGCUACUUGGAAUUAACUACGUCAGAGGGUGCGAAGUGUGUAAGUAUGCUAAUUUUGUAGAAGAUGGUGAAGAGGGAGGUGCGGAGAAAAGCAGCUUGAAGAGGAUCACUGUAUACUUGGAUUAUCAUCAGUACCAGAAGGAUAUUCUUAACGAUCCAGAAAUUUACAACUCAUUCAAUUUAUUAGUGAGGAGGAAACAGAAGGAAAACAAUUUCUUCUACAUUUUGAACAACAUCAAAACGUUAAUUAUGAAUCCAGAUGAUGCGGUUAUACCAUUUUGGGUGCACGAUAUAUUUUUGGGCUACUGCGACGGUUCGCUCAAGUACUACCAGAAGUCGCUGCCGAGCAGGGUCAGCGUGGAGGGGGAUAGUCAAUCGGAGAAGGAAUCGGGGGAAGAAGGCCAAUCGGAGGAGGAAUCGGGGGAAGAAGGCCAAUCGGAGGAGGAAUCGGGAGAAGAAGAUGAAUCAGAGGAGGAAUCAGCAGAGGAUGCAUCGGAAGAAGACCCAUCAGACGAUGCAAGAAGUGGCAGUAAAAAGAAAUCGAGGACUCCGAGAUCGGCGAAAUUGUUGAAGAGCUCUCUGUCGUGCAAUCGAGAGAAGCUAAAUUUUAUAAAAAACAACAUCGACGAUAUUAACUACUUGAACACGUUUGUAAACAUCUUGCAUGUGAUAGAAACGACGAACGUUGCGUAUCUGUGCAUCGACUCGUCGUACAUGAAUGUGUUGAGCGAUGGAGAUAAAGUAGAUGUGAAGAAUCUACUGAAUGAGUAUAUAGAGCCCCUAUUUUUGAGUUACGUACCGAUCAAAUAUGAAAACAAGAAAAAGUCACUUGAAAAGGGUGUGCUGCAGAGGAAUAUCCUUGAAAGUUUGUAUUAUCACAUUUGUGUGAUUAAUGGGUACGCUACAGAUGAGAUGGAAUUUGUGUCCAAAUUUGUGGAGAACAUUAGGGCUGCGCAUCUGUAUGGGGAUUAUUGUAUCUUCCAAUUUGUAUUUAAGGGGAAAGAGUAUUUCUUAAUUUUGAACAGCUACCUGAGAAAAGAGAAAAACGGGGGCAUACAGGUUGAACGUCCCAUCAAGAGGAAGGGUCAGAAGAAGGGUCGGAAGAAGGCAGAUGCGAAAGUUGGUGAGGACGAGGGCGAUGCAGAUGGAGAAGUUUCCACUAUUGGUGAUCGAAAAAAAGUGCAAACUUUGUUGGACCAAAAUAUGAAACGGUCCAUAGGACAUUUAAGCCUAAAAGAGGACAUUUACAGAAUACCGAACAGCAUAUACGACGACCAGGACUAUCCGUUAGAGGGGUUGCUUGUGCACACGAAAAAGAGGAACAGCACAAAUGUGGUGGUGGCGAAGAGGGCAGACGUCGAAAAUGGGGCUGACGAGACGAACGUGGUAGAAGGAGCAAGCGGAGGUGAUGCGAAAAGUAGGAUGUACUACACAGAAAGGCAAAUCGAAUGUAUAAAGAGCGGGUUGUAUGAAGGAAUAACCAUCAUCGAGGGAGUUCCAGGGAGCGGGAAAACCAGCAUACUAAACAAGAUUAUUAAUAUACUGUUUAACAACAAAACGAAGGAAAAAAUUCUCAUAUGUACGCACAGUAAUAGUUGCCUGAACUACAUUUUUAAUUUGUUGGUUAAGGAAAAUUUAAUUCACCAAAAAUAUUUAUGCAGAGUAGGUAUGGGAGAAUUGGAUAUUGAGAAUUUAAGAGCCGAGUAUGAAGAAGUGGAAAGGAACUUAGCCAGAAAUGGUAUUGAUAGGGGGUAUGAGAGCAGCAUGGUGAACAAAUCAGGGAACGAUUUUUUUGAUGAAGACGAUAAUUUUAAUUUUUCGAAAUAUGGAAGAAUCAAUUAUAUGAUCGACUUAAGACAAAAGCUUUUGAACGAAGUAAAUCUGUUAUCCGAAUCGAGUAGCAGCCAAAAGAUAUAUCACUGUUUAUCGGCUACCCAAUAUUAUGAGAAUCAUGUGAAAAAACGUAUUUCCAAUUUUUUUAAGUUUAUUGAUAUUUAUAGGAAAAAGGGAAAUGAAGAUGAUUUUUUCAAAUCGUGCAUCACAGCAUCGGUUGAUGAUUACGACGUGUAUAACUUAUUUUUGUGCCCAAAGGUGUACGUGGAGGGACGUGAAAAUGUGGAGGAUUUAAUCUGGAGAGGGGAGAAGGAAACAACGCGGUGUACUUCCAAGGAGGUGGAGAAGCUACAGAUACUGGAGGAAGACAAAGAGUGCUUUUAUUUAAUUCAUCCAGAAGAUCAACUGUGUAGUUUGCAGCUGAGCGUAUAUAGUGUACUUUUCCCGUUUAAAAAGUACCUAAAUUUGAAGUUGCAUAAAGUAGGCAUCGAUGAGUAUUUGAUGUAUAGGGAUCGUUUCCUACAGAAGGAGAAGAGGCCCUGUGGGGAGGAAAUGGAAGAAAUGGAAAAAAAUACGGAAGUAAAGGAGGAACAAGAGAGGGGGGCGAACGAUGAAUUGUUAGCCCAAUCGGAGGAUGUCUCCACCCCGCGCAGCAUCUUCAACGGAGAUGUAACCGACAUGACGUUCAAAAACGACGAGGACGAUUUAUACGUGAGCAAGUACUGUUUAGCAAAGUUGAUAACCAAUUUCGAACAUCUGAAUGACUGUAGAGCAUUCGAGGUGUUAAAGAACCAGCGGGAAAGAGGAGUGUACAUUAUAGCGAAGCUGGCCAGGGUCAUCGCAAUGACGUGUACACAUGCAAGCAUAAACAGAAGCAAAAUAGCGAAACUACAAUUUUACUUUGACAAUAUUAUUAUCGAUGAGUGCACGCAAAUUACGGAGAAUGAUACGUUUUUACCUCUCCUGCUGCAAGAGAAUAGGUACUAUAAGAGCAAAUUAAAAAGAAUAAUUUUCGUUGGGGAUUCCAACCAGCUACCACCCAUUAUAAAAAAUAAAUAUAUAAAAAAUUUUGCAAACUAUGAACAGUCCUUGUAUAAAAGAUUUUUAAGAUUAGAAUUGCCGUCCAUUUAUUUGAAUGAACAGGGACGUAUGCGAAAUGAGAUUUGUAACGUAUAUAAAUAUUUUUACAGCAAGUACAAUAUUCAAAUAGCCAACCUGGAAUGCAUUAAUAGGGACAAAUUUUUGAAGAAUUUCAACCCGGGAUUUACAUAUACGUAUCAGUUUAUACACGUCGAGUCGGAGGAGUACACACCGGUGCCUUAUUUUUACCAAAAUUUGUUAGAAGCAGAAAUGGCUGUUGCUAUUUUUAUGUAUAUGCGACUGCUAGGAUAUGACAAUGAAGUAAUCACCAUUUUAACCACAUACAAUGGUCAGAAAGAAUUGAUUUCAGAUAUUUUAAAAAAAAAAUGCUUAUACAACAAAUUAAUCGGAAUGCCCAAAAAAGUCACGACGGUGGACAAAUACCAGGGAAAACAAAACGACUAUGUAAUUAUUUCCCUUGUUCGGUCUAGAAGUAUUGGGUAUAUGAAAAAUAUUAAAAGACUUAUUGUUGCUUUUUCACGUGCAAGAUUUGGUUUAUACGUAGUAGGAAAUUAUAAUUUGUAUAAGAAAAAUUACGAAUUUAAAAAGCCGCUAUAUUUUUUUAAGAAGAACAGAUUGGAGCUGUCCUUGCAAAUGAACGAGCAGUUCAAUACAGCCCAACGGGAAGAUAGCUCCCCCACAGUCAUCGUAAAAGAUUUGAAUCACUAUUACUCAAUUAUAUAUUCCCUGGCGAAUGCCCACCUGCAGAGCGGUUGUGCGUAA